UAAACCUUGUAUACAAUGGAGCCAUGAUACAUCACAAGUAUUUAUGGUUGCCUACCUGCCAUCUUCUACAAUCCAAUGUUGAUAAAAAUAGAAAAAUUUUGGGUGAAAACGGCACAAAAACCGUUAAUUCAUCAAUCACAAACAAAUCACUAAUUAAUUAAACUACGUAAACAAAAACCUUGGCCCUCCAACACGACAGUGAUGACUCGCAAUUUUUCGCCAAAAACACAAGUGAGAAAAGAAACACACACACCGUGAUAAAAUUUAUCAAACAAGUUCAAAAUGUCGGUUUUCGAAUAUUCCGAAACUCAAAUCGAAAUGAAAUCUUCCCCCAACAACGUCCACAACUGCAAAGUCUGUCCAUAUUUCACGACCUCGUUCCUCGUCAUGGUGAACCACGUCAGAUGCCACCACUCAGUGGUGCAACACUUCAACUGUGAAAGCGCAAACCUCGAAACUUACUUCUGCAAAGACUGCGACUUUGAAACGGAACUAACCCUGCUUUUUAAAAAACACAUUGAAGAGCGCCACGGCGUUAAAAAAGAGUGUCAAGAGUCAUCGAGUGAGGGGCACCGGAUUCAGAGCUACGUUUGCGAAAAAUGCGGCUUUGAAACCCACUUUUCGAUCAAGUGGCUGCGCCAUAGUGCUGCGUGUUUGGGAAACGAAGAAAAUUCGUGGACGAGGUUUGCGACGAACUCUGGAGAUAACCCGUACGCGUGCGAUCAGUGCGAGCAACGGUACAAACACAGAUAUAAUUUGAAGAUGCACACGAUUUCGAAACAUAUGAAUGAUAAAGAAAUAUCGUGGUAUCGUUGUGCGCAGUGUACGUAUAGAACGACGCAGAAGCGCUAUUUAAAGAACCACAUGAAUACGCAACAUUUGUGUGGAACCGAUAUUAAGUGGUACAAAUGUGGCAAGUGCCCGUUCAAGACUAAAGAUAAGUCGUCUUUGAAUAGACACGUAAGUGUGCAUCAUGUGGAUGAACGACUCAUUAAAUGGUACGAGUGUAACAAAUGUUCCUAUAAAGGUAAAACGAAAUCCUAUUUAAAAAAACACACGAUUUUGCGACAUUGCAGCGACCAAGAUAUUAAAUGGUAUGAAUGCAAACAAUGUUCAUACAAAGCUAAACAAAAAGCUAAUUUGAAAAGCCACAUAAACGCGCAACAUUUGGAUGGCCCGGAUGUGAUAUGGUACCAGUGCCAAAAAUGCCCGUACAAGUCAAAAAACAAAACUGCGUUAAAUAAGCACACAAACUCGCGCCAUUUGGACGAAAAGGAUAUCAGGUGGUAUGAAUGCAAAAUGUGCCCGUAUAAAACUAGGUAUAGAUCGUCGUUUAAUGGUCACGUUACAGCACGUCAUUUGGAUGAUAAGGAUAUUAAAUGGUAUGAAUGCAAAAAGUGUCCAUAUAAGUCAAAACGCAACGAUAAUUUAAAGAAGCACAUAAAUGCGCGUCAUUUGGAUGGGGUGGAUGUUAAAUGGUACAAAUGUGGUAUUUGUUCGUAUAAAGCUAAAGAUAAGUCAGCUUUGAAUAUCCACCAUAACUUACACCAUUUAGAGGAGCAUGAUAUUAAAUGGCAUGAGUGCAAACAGUGUCCAUAUAAAGCCAAAGUUAAGUCGAAUUUACGGCGUCAUAUAGACGUGCAUCAUGCAGGCGAACAACUAUGAAUACAAUGUGAUUGUGUUGUCCUAUUUAUUGAGUGUUUUGUACAAAUAGUAAAUAAAUUAGUCAAAAAGAA